AGAGCGUAAAUCGAAAGCACGCGGGUAGCGGUGUGGCAAAAAUGAAUUUUAUCUCCACGUUGUACUGAUCCAGCAAACAAGGAAAUGAGAGCUAGUUAUACACACACUUCCUGACUUGAGCCAAACUCCUGGGAGAUGUUCACUUGCUAUGGAGGCCCAUGUUGAUGAAGUUGAAGUGGAAAACACAUGUGUCAAAAUGGAAACUGGUCAAACAGAAAGUGAAGUAAUGAUUGGUGGCCAGUCUGAGAACAGUGUACAAGAUGCUGCUGAAGAGAACCCUGGGGAUUCCCCUAAUAAGGUUCUAGAGGGUGACCCAGUUGAGGGAACAGAGUGUGACCAGACUGAUGGUCAAGAUGCUAACCAAAAGGAGGGUUCAGAGAUGGCCCUAAUGUGGCUGGAGAUAGUAAGAUUGCAGAAAUCUCUGAAGAAGUCGACCCGUAUUUUUUAUCUCAAGAGAGACGAAUUUACAUCAGAGAUCUUCAAGAUUGAGCUGAGCAAUUUGCCGCUAAAGUUCGGUUUUGGGGGUAACAAUUGGAAGAAAAAGCUGAUCAGCUUGAAACUAAAGCCAAACAAAAUCAAAGCCAUUCCUUAUAAAACCUUCGCUUACAUUACAUUCAGGGCCAUGUCUGGAGGGGGGUCCACUCUGAAGGUCAAGAAAGCCAAUCCCACGGCAGACCCUCUCCAGAAAAAGAGGAAGGAAAAUCAAGAAAAGCCUGACUGUUCAGCCAACAAGAAAGCCAAAAUGUCGGCAGAAGACCAGAUUCCCUGGAAUAUCAAGUUGAAAAACUCUGUGACACCAUUGUGGGAAAUGGAGUAUGAUGAACAACUUAAGGUGAAAACAGAAAUUAUUAAAGAUGUACUCAGGAAACUAGGUCGUCAGAUGGAUUGUCAGUGUGAACAUCUGAAACCAUGGCUGCGCCAACAAAGGUCUGCCAAUGGAGGUCUGUGUUGUGAACUGUUGCCCAUCUUGAGGUCGCCCAUUCUGACGGGUUACAGAAAUAAGUGUGAGUUCACGCUGGGAUGUAGUCCUGAAGGUCAAGAGAAGACCCUGGGUUUUAGAUUGGGCAAGUACAGCGGUGGAAGUAGCAGUGUUGGAGAACCGUACGAGUGCAGCCUUCUCUCCGAGAAAAUGAAACACAUCGUGAAGGUGUUCCAGGAAUAUUUCAGAGCAAGUAAGUAUGCAGCUUUUGAUCCCGAAACUCACAAGGGAAACUGGAGACAGCUCACUGUGCGAGAAACCCGAAGUGGAGAAAUUAUGACUUUCCCAGAAUUCCACCCUCAGGAAUUCACACAGGAGGAGAUAGAAGCAGAAGUGAAAUUUCUGCAGGAUUAUUUUAUGACAGGCCCUGGUAAAGACAGUGGGAUAGCAGCCAUGUAUUUCUCCGUCUCUUCAGAAAGGAUAUCUGGUACUGCUACAUUGCCCACCCGCCAUGUUUUUGGGGAAAAGUACAUCACAGAAGAUCUGCUGGAAAUGAAGUUCAGAAUCUCACCUGAUGCAUUUUUCCAAGUGAACACAGCAGCAGCUGAAGUUCUUUAUAAGACUGUUGCUGAUUGGUGCAAUGCUUCACCAACCACAACUGUUCUAGACAUUUGCUGCGGGACUGGAACCAUUGGACAGAGUAUGUCAAAGAGAGUGGGGAAGGUUGUUGGUAUAGAGAUGUGUCGGUCAGCAGUAGAGGAUGCCAAAGAGAAUGUAAAACUCAACAAUCUAGACAAUGUGGAAUACUUCUGUGGUAAAGCUGAGGAUGUGAUCACAGGUGUGACGAUGAGAUUAGACAGGAACGAGGAUGUGGUCGCUGUGGUAGACCCCCCACGGGCGGGACUACACCCUAAAGUGGUCAAGUCUCUGAGGAGAUGUGCACGUCUGAAGAAGGUGAUUUAUGUCUCCUGCAGCCCUCAGUCAGCUCAACAGAAUUUUUUGGACUUGUGCCGACCUACGUCCAGAAAGGUCAAAGGUGAGCCGUAUCGACUUGUCAAGGCCAUUCCAGUGGACCUUUUCCCUCAGACGAAGCUCUGCGAGCUGAUACUUAUGUUUGAGAGAGAAAGCUCAGGAGAGGAAGAGGUCGUGAAGCCAAAUCAAUGAACGUUCUAUAAUUUUCAGAAAAAUUUUGGCACAGAAAAAAUUUAAUUUUUUUUUUUUUUGUGGCGGCAUUGUAUUCUCUUUCUUUCAGACAUGCACAUGUCCAAAACUUCCCGAUGGAUUUUGUGUUUUAGAAGCAUUUAGAAAAUAUAUUUUAAAAUUCACGGUUCAGUUAACGAAUAAUUCUCUGCUUUAAUGCGUGUGGAAUUUUCGUAUAUCAAGAAUUGAUGGCAAAAAAUGAAGAAUUAUUUUCGUAAAUUCAAAGUGAAUUAGCAUCAUUUUCAAUUCAGCUAUACAGACUUGUAUAUGAAGAAACUUUUGUUGAAUCUCUGUGAAGAUUCUCUGUCUGUGUGACCACCACAUUGUUACCUGUGAAUAUCUGAAGAUUAGGGUAAAGUAUACUUGUUUUUGUUGAAUCUCUGUGAAGAUUCUCUGUCUGUGUGACCACCACAUUGUUACCUGUGAAUAUCUGAAGAUUAGGGUAAAGUAUACUUGUUUUUGUUGAAUCUCUGUGAAGAUUCUCUAUCUGUGUGACCACCACAUUGUUACCUGUGAAUAUCUGAAGGUUAAGGUUAAGUAUACUUGUUAAGAUGGGAAAAUUUAAAAAUUAGACAUUGUUAUUAUUAAUCAAAAAUUUGGAAUAAAUUUGAUAUGCCUGCGA